AUGGGUCGCAUGAGUAUUUCAAAGGCCAUCAUCGCCACUCUCGCAACUGUGAGAGUGGCUAUGUCCGUCUAUACGGAGCUCCCUAGCGAUUUGACCGAGGUCGAUAUUAUAAUAGCUGGAGGUGGCACAGCUGGGAGCAUAAUUGCGUCCCGUCUUGCUGAAGCAGACGCCUCUACUACUAUCCUUGUCAUUGAGCAGGGGGGAGACAGCUAUAAUGUGACGAACGUCAUCUAUCCGGCCUUGUUUGAGCGCAACACCUUGCCUGGGUCAGAUACAGCCCUCUUUUGGAAAGCAAACAAAUCGCCGCAGCUGGCAGAUCGCGAACCCAUCGUUGAGACUGGAGACCACCAUUUUGUCGGCUAUGUCUACCGCACAUCUCUAAACCAAAAUGAGACGAUCAACGGCAUCGCCCGCAAUGAUCGCGGUCGUGACGUUCCCGCUAUGAUCGCCGCAGAUGAUCCACAACUAGGGUGGAACGGCCAUGACGCCUCCAGCAAGCUACGUCCAUCUCCUGCAGACAUUGCAGCUUUGGGGCCUGAGUUUCAGGAAGUGUGGGACAGAGACUUCAAAGACUCAACCAACCGCCCUCUCAUGAUCUGGGGUCUCUUCAACGCUUUUUUCGGUGACCCUUCGAUCUUGCCCGACGAUGCAGAGUAUGUCACUACCGCGCCUUGGGUGACGUAUCCGUACGCCAGAGGACACGUUCACAUUACUGGUCCUACUAUUGGCGAUGACUACGAUUUCGACCCAGGCUGGCUGUCGGACGAAAACGACAUCGACCUGAAGAGUCACAUCUGGGGCUACAAGACCCAGAGAAAGAUGGCUCGUCAGAUGGAAAUUUUCAGAGGCGAACUUGCUUCAGGACAGCCCAAGUUUCCUGAAGGGUCUCAGGCUGCUGUCAUAGAAGUCGCAGAUGGCCCGAUUGGAGAGGAAAUUGAGUACUCAGCUGAAGAUGAGGCCGCCAUCGUGCAGUACAUUCGAGAAAACAUCGGCACUUCGAGGCAUCCAUUGGGGACCUGCAAGAUGGCACCACGGGAAGCUACGGGAGUUGUUGAUGCCAAUCUGAAUGUGUAUGGCGUUUCCGGCCUCAAGAUUGCCGAUCUCAGCGUGCCACCACACCAAGUUGCUGCGAACACCUACAAUACGGCUCUGAUGCUUGGAGAAAAGGCAGCAGACAUGAUCAUACAAGAACUGGGACUUGCUUGA